GAUUAACGAGCUAUAUAGCCCACAGUUUAUAACGAACCAAAAUUCUAACAUAGUCAUCUCACAUUAAUUCGAAAAUGAACACGAGUUUAGCAGCAGCAACCAUACAAAGAAUCAACUAUUUGUUAUCAGAACAACCAUCAAUUAGAUCAUUUCAAUGGAGUCCAAUAAUGUGGGGUUCAACAUGGUCAUUUCUCAUAAUCUCUAUCUCCACCUAUAUCAUCACCUCCACCACCCUCCACCUCCUCCUCCUCCUCCUUAUACGGCGGGGUCGCCCCGUUCCUCUGGGGCCCAUCCCCGCCCUACAUAGCCUCGCCAUGUCAUUAAUCUCCGCCAUCAUUUUUCUCGGAAUACUCUCCUCUGCUGUCGCGGAAAUCCGCGACACGCGUUGGAUAUGGCGGCGUUCGAAAACGCCGCUUCAGUGGCUCUUAUGUUUCCCCAUAGGCACGCGCCCUACUGGGCGCGUGUUCUUUUGGUCUUAUGUUUUUUACCUGUCACGUUUCCUUCACAUUCUACGCACGUUUUUCACCAUCUUGCGACGUCGUACGCUGUCGUUUUUUCAGUUAUUUAACCACUCGAUUUUAAUUUGUAUGUCGUUCUUAUGGCUUGAAUUUUCACAGUCAUUUCAAGUUAUAGCGAUUUUGUUAAUGACUUUGGUUUUUGCUUUGGUCUACGGGUACCGUUUUUGGACUGAGAUUGGGCUUCGGAGGGCCCGUUUUCCGUUUGUGAUGAAUUGUCAUUUGGUUUUUUUGGGCUGUAAUUUGGCCUGUCACAUUGGAGUGCUUUUGUUGCAUUUUUUUAAAGGUGGAUGCAAUGGAAUGGGAGCUUGGCUUUUUAAUUCUGUGCUCAAUGGGUUUGUGCUUUUGAUAUUUUUGAGAUCAUAUGUAAAGACGUAUUAUUUGAUUAGAGAAAAUUAUUUUAAUGUUGCUGCUUCAUCGAUUUCUGAAGUUGGAGAUUUUGUAACUUCACGAACAAGCAGUUAUAAGUCUGAGUAAGAAGGA